AAACAACAGAACCUCCAUCGAUGCUCUGGGGACAUUUUUGUGUUCCAGUGCAGCGCUCCAACUUGAUCGCGUAGUUCGCACAUUCUCGAGGUUUGAUGGCCGAAAAUGCGAGAGAACGGGAUUCAGGGGAACGUGGUACAGUAAAACGAGUCCUUGGUCGGCAGCAGGAGCCUGAGAAGGCACGCCUCAACAGUGCAGAGAAACGUCAUGGGUUAACUUGGACUGAGAUGCACGCCUACAAGGACAGGAUGACCUUCCCAAUCCUUCCCACCAUGAUGGGUGUCGAGGAACUCCCCAAGGACAUCAGCCUUUGUGACACAGUCUUCCGCAGCCUUGACCGCUGUAUUGACAAGGGAAUUGAGAAUGAAAAUGCGAAUCAUCCUUAUUCACGGAUGACAAUUUGCAAACCGCAUUGGAUUCGCUUCAUUAAGUGCGUCAAGCGCCGGGACGAGCUGGUCCUCCGUGGCGUCAAGCGCUGGGAGCGAAGCUACUACUCCUCUCUGGACGAGCCUUCCCAGAGUGAGUACUUGGAGGACAUUAGCACCAAGAUGAGGUACUUUCUCUACGCUGCUUCGCACACGAAGGAUCUUGAGAAAAAGAAAAGGUUGGAGACCAAUGCACAGCAUUGUGCAAUCAGACACUCCAACCUGCUGAAGCCACAAGCAGAGGAUACAUCUGCCAUGGUUUGAUGCUCCAGCUCUCGGCAAUCUUGAAGCCUCACUUCUCACCAGUGUUUAUGUUGGUUGUUACAAAUCACCCAAACCAAAAGCCAAGAGCACGCUUGGGGGUUUCUGGACGGAAGCCGAUUUCUUGUCGGCAGCUCCUGUCGAGCCUAGCCUUCAGAGUUAGCCCAAGCAAUGAAGCUGGAGAUGCCGGUCGGUGGAUGGCCACAAAGGCCCCAGAGGAUCACCUGGGUCUUAGGAUGCUUUUGCAUCGAAUGUUAGACCAGCCCGAAUUGACGGCUGCAACAAGGGGCUGGCGCCAAGCACUUGGAUUGUCACAGAUAAAGCACACACACAAUGACAGUCAAAGGACAUUUUCCUUCACGUCAUACAUUUCAUGAGAGGUGAAGAAGGGGAGCGUUCUGAAGGUAUUCUAUAAAUCUGCUCUCUCAUUUGCUGGUGCAAGGACUAUCACCAAUCAUUGUGCUUAAACCAUUCGUCGUGUUUUAUUCUCAAUUUCACCCGCAGACAUUUGAUCAGUUUUUUGACA